AGGGACACGCUUUGACAAGUGUUUCUGAGUGUUUCCUUCGCCUAUUUCGCCGUGGUCGACAAGGAUAUUUGUAUUUUUGCGGUGAAGUUGUUACCUUGGUGGAAGUGAACAGUGUUAUUCGAUGUUGACGUAAUAAGAGGAAAACUGAAUUCAUGAAUAGAAAGCGGAAAAGCACUGUAGUUGAAAAAAUGGUGUCAAUGCCAUGGAGAAAUUUCCACUGAAAGGUACAAAUUUGUCGAACAAUACAUUCCCCCAGAAUUACCAAAAUACAUUUACAACAUACCAAUCACUUGAUACAAAGGUAGAAAAUUCAGAUGAUGUGCAUUUUGUAGAGAAUGUGCGAUCGCGAAAACGAACUACUGGGCGUGAUAAUAAUUUGAGCAGCGACGACGACAUGCUGGAAGUUAAUAACGUAGGCUCUCAACAUGGAGAGAAUUCUGUUUUUUCGGAUCAUUGUAUUCGAAUCGACGAUGCUUCCUCUCACAUGUCAGUCGAUUCCGACGAUAUCCCUGGAAUUGGCCAGUACGAAGAUUUCCAUACGAUUGAUUGGCAAAGAGAUAUUGCCAGAGAUAGAAUGCGACAUCGAUAUAUUGUCAAGAAAAAGCAUGACUCUAUUUGGGGCUUAAUUAAGGGUGCCCACGAUGCAUGGUCUGGAUGGCUUUGUGUUUUAUUAGUUGGUCUCUUUACAGGCGUUGCAGCAGGUAUCAUAGAUAUAGGUGCCUCUUGGAUGACCGACUUAAAAUUUGGUAUAUGCCCUCAAGCAUUUUGGUUAAAUAAAGAACAAUGUUGUUGGAGUUAUAACGAAACAACUUUCGAUGGUGGUAACUGUUCGCAGUGGAGGACAUGGCCAGAAGUAUUUAGCCAGUCAAAAGAUGGUGCAGGUCCUUAUAUGAUCUCGUACAUGUUUUACAUAGCUUGGGCUCUUCUAUUUGCUUCCCUUUCUGCGUCGUUAGUACGAAUGUUCGCUCCAUACGCUUGUGGUUCCGGUAUUCCUGAGAUAAAAACCAUUCUAAGCGGAUUUAUUAUCCGUGGAUAUUUGGGAAAAUGGACACUGAUAAUUAAAUCAGUAGGUUUGAUAUUGUCGGUCUCGGCAGGUUUAAAUUUAGGCAAGGAAGGACCAAUGGUUCAUAUUGCUUGCUGUAUAGGAAAUAUAUUUUCUUAUCUGUUUCCAAAGUAUGGUAGAAACGAGGCUAAGAAAAGAGAAAUUUUAUCGGCAGCGGCCGCUGCGGGAGUUUCGGUUGCUUUUGGCGCUCCGAUUGGAGGUGUUCUUUUUAGUCUCGAAGAGGUGAGUUAUUACUUUCCACUGAAGACGUUGUGGCGGUCAUUUUUCUGUGCCCUAAUAGCCGCUUUCAUUUUGCGAUCAAUAAACCCCUUUGGUAAUGAGCACUCGGUGCUUUUUUACGUCGAAUACAACAAACCUUGGAUAUUUUUUGAGUUGAUACCUUUUGUCAUGCUCGGAAUAAUUGGUGGAGUAAUUGCUACUUUGUUCAUCAAAGCUAAUUUGUUUUGGUGCCGUUAUCGUAAAACAUCAAAACUUGGUCAGUACCCGGUUACGGAAGUUUUGAUCGUGACGGUUGCAACUGCCGUUAUUGGAUAUCCAAAUCCGUACACUCGAAUGAGCACAAGUCAACUAAUUUAUUUAUUGUUUAGUCAAUGCGGAGUCUCGAACGCCGACAUUUUGUGCGAUUAUAAUAGAAACUUCACUGCUGUAAAGUCAGCGAUCGAGAUUGCAGCAGCUGGGCCUGGAGUGUACAAGGCAAUGUGGCUUCUUGUGUUGGCGUUAAUUCUGAAGCUUAUUCUGACGAUAUUUACAUUCGGUAUGAAAGUACCGUGUGGGUUAUUUAUUCCAUCACUUUGCUUGGGAGCGAUAAUGGGUCGUAUUGUCGGGAUUGGUAUGGAACAACUCGCGUAUAAUUAUCCACACAUCUGGAUGUUCAGCGAAGAAUGUUCGACCGGUGUGGAUUGCAUAACUCCUGGACUGUACGCAAUGGUUGGUGCCGCGGCUGUUCUUGGUGGCGUUACCAGAAUGACCGUGUCCCUUGUUGUGAUAAUGUUUGAAUUAACCGGAGGAGUGAGAUAUAUCGUGCCCUUAAUGGCUGCCGCGAUGGCAAGUAAAUGGGUCGGUGAUGCUCUUGGAAAGCAGGGUAUCUACGACGCCCACAUUGGCUUGAAUGGCUAUCCGUUCCUCGAUAGUAAAGACGAAUUUCAACACACCACUCUUGCGGCUGAUGUGAUGCAGCCCAAACGCAACGAAGCUUUUCACGUGCUUACUCAGGAUUCAAUGACAGUCGAAGACGUCAAAAAUUUAUUGAAAGAAACAGAACACAAUGGUUUUCCUGUAAUAGUUUCGAAAGAAUCGCAGUAUCUUGUUGGCUUUGUCUUACGUAGAGAUCUGAAUCUUGCGAUUGAGAAUGGGAAACGUAUGAUUGAGGAAAUUACUGGACAAUCAUUGGUCAUAUUCACCAAUGGAAAUAAUAUUCAAAAUCAUUCCCCUCCACCUCUUAAGUUAAAGAAGAUUCUUGACAUGGCUCCGAUUACUAUUACAGACCAAACACCCAUGGAAACUGUUGUUGAUAUGUUCAGAAAAUUGGGAUUAAGACAGACACUUGUUACACAUAAUGGCCGACUUUUGGGAGUUAUUACGAAAAAGGACGUAUUGAGACACGUGAAGCAGCUUGACAACGAAGAUCCUAAUUCUGUAUUGUUUAAUUAAAAUGUAUAUAAAAAUAUAUAAGAGAUAUAGAGAAAGUGUUUUAUAAUGCUGUAGUAGGAACCGAAAAAUUAGACGGAAUGCACUAAUAGUGUUUUAUAUUUUCAUAAGACAUUGGUUGGAGAUUCGAAGAUAUUUAAAGUUAUUAGUAAUUAAAAAUGAACAAAUAUGUAGCCGGUAUGCUUUAAUCUCAUUGUAAAAGUUUGGUUUUUGCAUACUUAAUUGUCACGAAA